AUGUGGAGCAACAUCGGCGGUAUUCUAGUUUAUACUAUCGUGUUAGCUUAUACCUGUGCUAUGGCUCAGGGUAAGUUGGAGAGCGAGGAAAACACGAGGGAAUCAGGUGAUGGCGAAAUUGACAGCGUGAACGCAAAUGCUACAAACAUUAUUACGCAAACGAAUAUCAGUACGGAUCACGAUAUCGACGACAGCGCAGAGCACAUUGGUCCGUUAGUUAGGCAGAUAUAUAACCAUCCGUAUGCCGCGUCGUUGCUAAAAAACGAUUCGUACGUCUGCAGUGCUGUUGUGCUGAAUACUUACUGGUUACUUACACCAUCCAAAUGCUUUGAUUCACAUAUUAUAUCGUCAUACGUAACUCAUAAAAAUCUUAAGAACUACACGCUAAGGGUUGGCAGCUCAUAUAACAACAAAAGUGGCUCAAUUUAUAAGAUUAAACUGCUGAUAAAUAAUUUCGACUUGAAAGUUUCGGCUGUGAAAUUGGAAGCACGUAUGGAAUUCAGUGCCCGUAUUCGAUCCGUGAAUUUACCAAACCCGGACGACGAAGUCAGUUUGGGUUAUUUAGCGUCAAUUCUAGCAUGGACUCCCACUGGGCAUUUACGGGUCGUAAACGUGCCAAUAUUAGAUGCAUCUAUAUGUGAACCUACGACCGAGAUAUUACCGGGUCAUUACAUAUGUGCUGGUGGAGUCCAAGAUCCGAACAGACACUUUUGCAGAAGAGACGACGGUGGUGCGAUCAUACAAAAUAACACGCUCAUAGGAAUAGCGACGUUUCUCCAUAGAUGCGCUGUCUACAGUCGGACGCACGCGUUCCUCAAAGUGUCAAGUUUCGCUAGAUGGCUAGAUUCAGUAAUUUGGGACGAAGAUAAUAGGCCGACCGCAAACAGUCCAACUUUCUCCACACCACCAACAGCAUCUCCUGUCGUUAACCUUACAGAAAAUACUCCGCAAUAUAAAAACGUAUAUUUUGACCAAAGGAGACAAAUAUUAUCAAUACCGUUCGACCCCAUAAGCGUACCUUUAGAACCGGCGGAAGACAACUCAGUCUUGCCUGGUAUGAGUCUCUAUGAGUCAUAUUUACAUAACAUAGCAAGAGCAAAAACUUCAACCACACAAGACCCAAAUGUUGUGGAAAAUGUGAAAAGGCAAUGGCUUAGACAACUUGAAAAUAAAUACAAUAAUGAACUGGCUCGAGCAAAGGUGGCGGAACACAACUCAAUCAUGCCUGGUAUGGGUCUCUAUGAAUCUUAUUUACGAAACAUAGCAAGAGCAAAAACUUCAACCACACAAGACCCAAAUAUUGUGGAGGAUGCGAAAAGGGAAUGGCUCAGAAAACUUGGAAAGAAAUACAAUAUGCAAGCUAAUGCAAAGAUUUACAAAUCAAACAAGUAUCAACCAUACGAAUUUAACUAA